CUGUUGUUCCUGUGCGCUGCUCUCCAGCAUCCCAUACCAGCCCACAAACAUCAUCCAGCUCUCCAUGGCCAUGGAUGGACGCGCUCUCUUGCUCCAUUCCCAAUGUCCGUGUCCCUAGCCUUAACUUUCCGCCGUCUUCAUAGUAUCCACUUGAUCCCACGCCUUUCCUCAAGCCAAUUCGCGUAGUAUUAGAAUGAGCUGGUAGGCCGUCGCUGGCUACUGCGAAUUAUUUCCUGUCACGCUGUAGACUGGACAGUCAUUUAUGCGAUAAUAGCGGAUAGUAUCAGCCAUAGUAGCCUAGUUGACCGAACAUUCAUUCCUCAGACCAGCCCUAGCCCAGAUCCAAACACCUCCCCCAAUCAUGGCUGCGCGACCUAGUCAACCUUCGCCGAUCCUCCUCUCCCCUCUAGUCCCGUUGCUCCUCUCUUCCCUCCUCUCGACCCUAGCUUUUCUUUCUGCCCGCGCGGGCAGCCCGAGCGACGACGAAGCGGCGCUGGUCGCGUUCAAAAAGGCCAUCCACGUGGACCAUCUCAACGUGCUCGAAUCCUGGACGUCCGAUCGCCCCGUGUGCUCCUGGGAGGGCGUCACCUGCAGGAGCGCCGCGCCGCCACGUGUCAUCAGCCUGACCAUCUCGCAGGGUUUCCUCGAAGGUUCUCUGACGCCUGAACUCUCGAAAUUAGACCAGCUGAGGAAGUUACACCUGGACGGCGGGAUGCUUUCCGGGAAGAUUCCGGCUCAGUUGGGGCAGCUUCGCUGGCUGAACAGCAUUGACUUGAGUGGUAACCACCUGACUGGCGAAAUCCCGCCGAGCGUUGCUCUCCUGAGCAACCUGCGCAACCUCGUGCUCCGUUCCAACAAUUUCACAGGGGCAAUUCCCCCAGGAAUAUUCGGCCUGCCGAAACUGGAGACGCUCGCCCUCGAUAUUAACAGCCUGACCGGCGAGCUGCCCGACGUCCCGGGCAGCUACAGCCCAAGCCUCUCGACCCUCAACGUCGGCGUGAACUACCUUUCCGGACCUAUUCCUAAGGCUCUCGGCAGCUUACCGAACCUGAUUCAGCUAGACCUGCAUCAGAACUCGUUUUCCGGACUUAUUCCGCCCGCGCUCGGCGCGCUUGCGAAUCUACAGUACCUCGAUUUGAGCGGUAACCAGCUUUCUGGCGGUAUUCCACCGGCGCUGGCGGGGCUUACGUCGCUCCAAGCGGGUAUUUUCUCAAGUAACCAGCUCAGUGGGGUGGUUUCGCAGCCUUUCCUCGCAGGAAUCGCUUCCUCUAUAGACGUCCUCGAUGUAAGCAGAAACUCGUUUACGGGAUCGGUUUCGAGAUUUGCAACGCUAACGAACGCGGUGUACAUCGAGCUGAGCAACAACAAUUUCGUGGGGGGCAUCUCGAAGGCGUUCGGCGCGCUGCCGAACCUGCAGCAGCUGGGGCUGUCCGACAACGAGCUGACAGGUGGCAUCCCCGCGGCAAUUACGGAGUCCAGCAGCCUUGUCGUCUUCUCCGCGGACCGAAACAAACUGAGAGGCAGCAUUCCCCCCUUCAACUGCGCACACACCGGAUUCAUGGCUCUCUCCGUCUCUGGAAACGCCUUCCACGGAGGCAUUCCCCGCAGCCUGGCCAGCUGCAGCAGCAACCUCUACGUCCUCGACGUCAGCCACAACAACCUCUCGGGCCCGAUUCCUCCGUUUCUCGGCGAUCUGGUUGAGCUGAGGAACCUUACCCUGGCUUACAACAAUUUCUCUGGGAUUGUCCCGCCCAAGAUGGGGUACCUUGCCAAUUUGGUUUCCCUGGACCUGUCGUGGAACAACCUGGAAGGGCCCCUGGAUGCGAGGUUUGAUAUGGUGAAGGUUCUCGAUGAUCUGCAGCUUGCAGGAAACAACCUGACAGGCAGGAUUCCGUUCACUUUUACUCGGUUUCCCAAGGCGUCAUUCCAGCCUGGGAAUGCUGGACUGUGUGGGAAACCCCUCCCUACAAUGUGUCCCCCUCGGAUAAUGGAUGUCGGGGAUGAGUCUUAGCGUAGGAGUGAUGCGAGGGGAGCCACUGGCAAUGAUAUUGACCGUAAUGCUGAAGGUAGAUAAAGGAAGGGUGGAACUUCUUGUUUUGCAAUGUUCUAUGGUGGGGGGGAUUGUUCAAUGCUGAUUUUGUUUUCUUGUACCAUAGGUAAAUUUUGCUACUAGGCAGUUAUCGUAUGAUUCAAAUUGUUAUGAAUUAAUCAGAUUAAUAACA